ACUUUUUUUAAUUUAUUACUCUGAUUAUUUGGGUUACAUAUGAUUAGAAUAGUAGAACUUACCGAUAACAACUUGACUAUAGACUUAUUAGACCAACUUUUAAACUUACUAAAACAACUUUCAACAUCUGUUGAAGAGGCAUCGGUAACUAAUGCCAUCAAGUCUGAUCACUCGUGUAUUUUGGUUGCCAUGGAGGGAGAUGUAUUGGUUGGGACCACGACAAUGGGAUUUCUAUAUUGUGUGACUGGAGUCCGGGUACACAUAGAAGACGUAGUUGUAGAUGCGACCUAUCGGGGAAAAGGUAUCGCGUCUUGCCUUAUAACGCAGGCCAUAGACCGUGCGAAAAUGAUCAAGGCUAAAAGUAUAGACUUGACCAGUCGUCCAGAAAGAGAAGCAGCCAAUAGACUGUACGGAAAGCUGGGUUUUGUCAAAAGAGAAACCAAUGUCUACCGUUACACCAAUCAGAGCCAAUAAAAAUAUUAAGCUUUUUUUUCCCCACACUUUUUCAUAUCUGUUUAUAAAUGGGAAACCCUUUUAUUUUUUUUUUCUUGUUUC